CCUUGCUAGAAAGAGAAAGAAAGGAAGGGAAGGCUCUUGUUCCGGGGGGGCCUGGCCAUGUUUGUAAGUGCAGAGGAUAAAGGCAGAAGACAUGGACAGAGGAUCAGCGAAGAGUGAUUUGGAAGAGCAUCCUGAAGAGGAAGCCAGUUCAAAGGAAGAAAUCCUUGGAAAGCAGCCUGAAAAUGGGCCACAGAUAAUUGAGAAUGCAGAAGAAUUUGGCUUCCCUGAUGGUUGCUGGGCUCUUCCAACUUGGGGAAGGCGUGGGUAUGCCUUGAUCAUGUUCACUGUGCUGAUGGCUGGGAUAGGUGCUGGGAUCUGGCUUCUAGUCCUACUUUUCAAGGCAUAUUCCUUGGCAAAGCUCAAACAACAAAAAACCAUGGACUGCACAGAAAAACCUCCCAUCCCGACAGCCUUCAAGUCAGUAUCUUUCAGAAUAAAUACCAGAAACUUCUUACUGGAAGUCCAAGUGGGAGCCCAGCCAGGCUGGCUUCUGGUAUGCCAGGAGGGCUGGAGUCCUGCGCUAGGGACUCAGAUUUGUAGACACCUUGGACAUCUCAGAUUCUCUCAUCAUAAAGUAGUGAACUUGACUGAUAUCAAGGUCAGCAAUUCCCAGAAGUAUGUUCAGCUUUUUCCCAGAUUGGGGGGUCGCCUGGAGGAGAUGUGGAAGCCCAGGAGCAGCUGUGCCUUGGGCCAGGUCAUUGCCCUUAAAUGCUCAGAGUGUGGAUUUCAGCACCUGACUUUCCGAAUUAUUGGUGGGGCUCCUGCUGUCCUUGGGCGCUGGCCCUGGCAGGUCAGCCUGUUCCAUGGUCCCCAGUACUCCUGUGGAGGCUCUGUGCUGGCCCCAAGAUGGGUGGUGACUGCAGCUCACUGUAUGUCCAGUUUGUCCCAGAUGUCCAGCUGGAAGGUCUUUGUGGGGAUUGUGAGCCACCAGGACAUCGUACCGCACAAGGGGGUCAUGGUGGAAAAGGUCAUCUUGCACCCCCACUUUAGAACUGGCAGGCAAAGACAAGACUAUGACAUUGCUCUUCUGAAACUCCAGACCCCACUGAACUUUUCUCACACGGUGGGGGCUGUGUGUCUGCCAGAAAUUCAGCAGGACUUCCCACAGGGCUCCAAAUGCUGGGUGUCAGGCUGGGGCUCCACAGGUGCACAAGCACUUGCUGCAGACACCCUCCAGAACGUCUUGGUGCCUCUGAUCAGCCCCCAGCUCUGUAACAGCUCCUGCAUGUACAAAGGCAUCAUCACUCCCCAGAUGCUCUGUGCUGGCUACCUGGAUGGACACGCCGACGCAUGCCAGGGAGACAGUGGAGGGCCCUUGGUGUGUCUGGACCAAGGAAUGUGGCGCUUGGUGGGGAUAGUGAGCUGGGGCUGGGAUUGUGGGAAGCACCGCAAGCCAGGAGUCUAUACCAAGGUGGCUUCGCACUUGGACUGGAUUCAUGAUCAAAUUGGAGGUGGGGAGUCCUCAACAGGUACAACAGCAGCAGUGGGUGAAAGCAGCAGUCUUUGGACACCCCAGGCUUGACGGUGGCCACCCUCCUCUCAGACAAAGCCCGCAGUGGACGAGACUGCCCAUAGUAGUCUGGGGCCUUUGCAUCAAAGAAACAUCCCUACUGGAACUUCUAACCUGGAUUUCUGGUUUCUUGAAGAGAACUUCUAGAAGGUGGGGGUGGGGAGGGUGAUGAAUGUCUCUGGGUGAGUUAGUCUCUGAAGAUUUGAAGUAAGGAUUCAAGAGGCCAUAGAAGAGAAAAAGAGCAUGGGCAACUGUAAGCGAGCCAGUGUUUUCCUA